GUCCUAAUUUCAAAGUCUGAGUAGUCCGGAACAAGUAAACUGCUGUUUCAGAAAACCAACAAGCCCAAUAAUGGCCUCUACAAUGACUGCAAAAGAAGUGAGAAAUGCCUACAUAGAUUUCUUCAAAGAAAAAGAACAUGUCUAUGUCCAUUCCUCAUCCACAAUACCCCUGGAUGAUCCUACAUUACUGUUUGCCAAUGCUGGGAUGAAUCAGUACAAGUCCAUCUUUCUGGGCUCAGUAGACCCCAAUAGUGAUUUGUCCAAACUUGUUCGUGCUGUCAACACCCAGAAAUGCAUACGGGCAGGGGGCAAACACAAUGAUCUAGAUGAUGUUGGUAAAGAUGUGUACCAUCACACCUUUUUUGAGAUGAUGGGGAAUUGGUCAUUUGGGGACUAUUUCAAGAAAGAAGUGUGCACUUGGGCUUGGGAAUUCUUGACCCUGAGACUCAAUCUGCCAGCAGAUAGGCUCUAUGUUACUUAUUUUGGAGGUGAUCCUUCUUCUGGCUUGGAACCUGAUGAUGAAUGCAAACAAAUCUGGCUCAGUCUUGGUGUGGCACCUACACAUGUACUGCCUGGCUCUAUGAAAGACAAUUUUUGGGAAAUGGGAGAGACUGGGCCUUGUGGACCCUGCUCAGAACUCCAUUUUGACAGGAUAGGGGGUAGGGAAGUGCCUCAUUUAGUCAAUAUGGAUGAUCCUGAUGUUCUGGAGAUUUGGAAUCUUGUGUUUAUACAGUACAACAGGGAAUCUGAUGGUACCUUGAAAUCUCUGCCCAAAAAACACAUUGAUUGUGGCCUGGGAUUGGAAAGACUGGUUUCAGUCAUUCAGAAUAAAAGGUCCAACUAUGAUACAGACCUGUUUGUCCCUCUAUUUGAGGCAAUUCAAAGAGGUACAGGUGCCCCAUCUUAUGGAGGCAAAGUUGGAGAUGAAGACAAAGAUGGCAUUGACAUGGCAUACAGAGUGUUGGCUGAUCAUGCUAGAACAUUGACCAUUGCUUUGUCUGAUGGUGGGAAUCCUGACAACACUGGAAGAGGAUAUGUACUGAGGAGAAUUUUGAGACGUGCUGUACGGUAUGCUACAGAAAAACUCAAUGCCAAGCCAGGAUUUUUCUCCACAUUAGUGAAAACUGUAGUGGAAAUACUGGGUGAUACUUUUCCAGAAAUAAAAAAAAAUCCCCAAGGUAUUAUGGAUAUAAUAAAUGAGGAGGAAGAGCAGUUUUUGAAAACACUGUUGAGAGGUAGAAAUCUUCUUAACAGAACCAUUUCAAAGUUGGGCAGCAACUGUAAAAUUCUACCUGGAGAUGUAGCAUGGAGGUUAUAUGACACUUAUGGUUUCCCAGUGGAUUUAACAUUGUUGAUGGCAGAGGAAAAAGGUCUCAGUAUUGAUAUGGAAGUGUAUGAGGAAUCCAAAAAGCAGGCUCAAAUUGCUUCUCAGGGAAAAGGUACUGGAGUAGCAGAUACCAUAAACCUUGAUGUUCACGCCAUAACAGAGCUCCAAGACAGAGGUGUCCCUCCCACUGAUGAUUCUUAUAAAUACUCCUAUUCCUCUACACAAAAUGCCGAUUCUGACUAUACUUUCGCCCCAUGCGAAGCCACCGUGAUAGCCUUGAGGGCCGAUAAACAAUUUGUGGACCAAGUAACUACAGGUCAAGAGUGUGGAAUUCUACUGGACAAAACAAACUUUUAUGCUGAGCAGGGAGGUCAGAUCUAUGAUACAGGGUAUUUGGUCAAAGCUAGUGAUGACAGCGUCGAAUUUUCUGUAAAGAAUGUGCAAGUUAGAGGAGGUUAUGUCAUCCAUAUUGGCAAUAUGGAGGGCACUUUGUGCAAGGGGGACACUGUGACUUUGCAUGUGGAUAUCUCUCGGAGACGGCUCAUCAUGAGCAACCACACCGGCACCCACAUCCUAAACCACGCCCUUCGCAAAGUCCUGGGCACCGAAGCCGACCAAAGGGGCUCUCUUGUAGCCCCCGACAGGCUCCGCUUCGAUUUCACCAACAAGGGAGCCCUAACCACCGACCAAGUCAGACUCGCCGAGGAGAGCUCCAAAGAGUUGAUCUCCAGGAACGAGCAAGUCUUCGCCAAAGAGGCUAGCCUCGGGGUCGCGAAGACGAUCAAGGGGCUACGCGCUGUCUUCGACGAGACUUAUCCUGAUCCAGUGAGAGUGGUUUCCGUAGGAGUGCCAGUGGAGCAGCUCGAAAGCGAUCCCUUCAGCCCGGCGGGGGACCAAACGUCGAUAGAAUUCUGCGGAGGCACUCACGUGCAGUACUCGGGGCACAUCGGUGAUUUCGUCAUCAGCAGCGAGGAGGCUAUAGCCAAAGGAAUCAGGAGGAUAGUCGCGCUAACCGGGCCAGAGGCUACUAAGGCUCUAAAACGGAAAGAGCUGCUGGAAAAUAGGCUCAACGAGCUGAAAUCUCAUAUUGCUGAGGACAAACUGGGGGGCAACAGCAAGGAACACGUGAGGAGCAUCGUGGAGUUGACGGACGAGGUGUCUCAGGCUCUGAUACCUUACUGGAAGAAAGACGAGAUUAGGAAUACUUUGAAGAACCUGAAGAAGACUUUGGAUGACAAAGAGAGAGCUGCUAAAACAGCGGUUGCUGGUAAAGUUGUUGAGGAAAUCAAAGAUUUUCUCAAGGAGCACCCCAAUAUGGAAAUUCUGGUCAAGGAACUGAAGGCUUUCAACAAUACUAAGGCUCUGGAUACUGCCUUGAAGCAGGUCCGUAGUCUCAGUCCCAAUACUUCGGCACUUUUUUUGACUGUCGAUCAAGAUUCCGGCAAAAUGUUUUGCCUUUCUUCUGUUCCGAAAGAGGCUAUCGAAAGGGGGUUGAAAGCAAAUGAGUGGGUGCAAGAGGUAGCUAAAAAAUUGGGGGGCAAGGGGGGCGGAAAGCCUGAUUCUGCUCAGGCUUCAGGUGGUUUGGGGGAUGUUGAUGAUAUUCUGGAUCUGGCUAAGAAAUUUGCUGAAAGUAAGCUCAAGAAUUGAACAUAGGGUGGGGUACCUAUCUACAGUUUAAAUUAUUCUAUUUUAAUGUUUUUGAAUAAUAAAUUUUGCUACCAU